AUGCGAGCAACCAAAGACGCCAUGGGAAACGAGCAGUCUCUACCCUACAACCCAUUCCUGAUUCACCUGUCAUUAAAAAAUGCCAUCGGAAGAGAACCGAACGAUGUAGUCAAGGCGAGUAAAGAGGCCAGAGGUACACAGCACGUCCUCAAAACCUCCUUCCGAAAAGUAUACAGCCAGCUCAUGGCAAUGUCACAGUUAGUAAAUGGGACCAAUAUAGAAAUUACACAGCAUCCAAUACUCAACAAAACGGCAGGUGUAAUAUACGACCUAGAUACAAAAAACCUAUCCACCAACCUGAUACUGAAAGAACUCAAAGCGCAAAGGGUCAUCGAAGUACGCCAAAUCACUAAAAAAGUCAGUGGAAUUCCGACCAACACUCCGUUUCUGGUCGUCUAUUUUGAGGGUUCGUACCUUCCGGAUUAUGUAUACCUAGGAAUGCUGAGGGUAAGCGUUAGACGAUACUAUUCCAGCCCCAUGCAGUGCUACAGGUGCGGCCGAUUCGGACACGGAAGCAAGAACUGCAAAGAAAAGGAAAUCUGCCUAAACUGCGGAACGGAGCACGAGACAACCAUAGAGAAUCAAUGCAAAAAACGAGCUACUGUGUGA